AUGCUUCCGGAAAUUGCUCAGGGCUCGCCGCUUGCGGUCGCUGUCUCCCAGGUUCUCGGUCCGAAACUCGUGGAAAUCGGAUGGAGCUCAGAUGAUGCCCAAGACUCGACAGUCAUUGACUACAUCGUUCUCAUGCUGGUUAACGGCAAGACACAAGAAGAAAUCGCGGCAGAACUUGCAAACGACUUCCUGGGACUCGCGGACGACUCGGCCGCCUCAGCCGCCGAGUUCUCAAGAUGGCUCUUUGAACAAGUGGAGAUCCUGAACCAACAAAUCAAUGGCGGUUCAUCCGGAGCAAAUGGGUUUGGAGCACAGCAGGUGCCUUCGGUCAUGGAACAAGAACCUAUCCCGACAAUAAGUGGGCAGGAUGCCGAAAUGGGAGAUGCGGGCGAUUCUAUACCCACCGGACCGAAAGCUAUGCGGAAUGGACGACAGGGUGGUCGAGGAAGAUUACUGAACCAAAUCAACCGGAACCUCGAUCGCGCAAAUGAUAACGCUCUUCACCGCGUUCGUGGCCAACAAGGAAACGGGCGCAUAGGAGGUCACGGCCAGAACCAACAGAACCGUGGCCGUGGGCGAGGAGGCCGGAAUAAUGGAGGAAUGGGAAUGCACGGCAACAUGGGUGGAGGUAUGAUGCAGCAAAUGAGCCCCGAGAAUCAGAUGCAGAUCAUGGCCAUGUUAGAGGAACAGGCCAAGAUGAUGUCGCAACUUAUGCCAGGCUUUGUUCCCCCUGCAGUGAACCCGGCCUUCCAAAACGGCGGCCAACAAGGUCGUUCGCUCUUUGACCGUGUCGAGCGCCAAGGCCGUCGUGGAGGGAAGAACCAAGGACGUGGGGGGCAUCACUCGCGGAAUAAGGGGGCGGAAGGUGCCGAUGUUGACAUGGAUGCCUCGAUGGAUGGCGACCAAGAUGAGAGCAACACCGAUAACAUUUGCCGCUUCAAUCUUCGGUGCACACGGAAAGACUGUCCCUUUGCACACCAAUCUCCUGUUGCCCCUGAGGGCACUUCGAUUGAUGUAGCAGACGUCUGUUCCUUUGGUGCUGCUUGCAAAAACCGGAAAUGUACUGGUCGCCACCCAUCGCCAGCCGUUAAGUCCGCACACCAGGCCGAGGAGAUGUGUCGAUUCUUCCCCAACUGCACCAACCCGCACUGUCAUUUCAAACACCCCGACAUGCCACUCUGUCGCAAUGGAGCCGAUUGCAAGGACGAAGGGUGCAAAUUCACUCACGUCUCGACUGCCUGCCGAUUUAACCCUUGCAUGAAUCGAAGCUGCCCAUACAAGCAUGCUGAUGGCCAGCGAGGUGCCUUUACCGACAAGGUGUGGACAGCAUCCGGCAACCAUGUGAGCGAGCGUAAAUUUGUUCAGGACGAGAAUGUCCAGGAGGAGCUGAUCAAACCUGAUAACGCGGACGGCGCUCAAGGCCAGGAGCUUAUCGCCUGA